AUGGGAAAGAACCCUAGAUCAAGACGGACCCAGCGUCGCCCGUCGUCACCGCUCCGGUCGGCGCCUCCUCUGCGCUGCUGGAGCUCGCUUCUUCAUCCUUCUUCCAUCUCCUUUCGGCAUCUGCGAGACCAGCCGUUAUAUCGCGAGGCACGCGAGUUCCUCCCGUCCAGCGCUGGCGUCUUUCUACCGUCACCGCCGCUGCCCGCGACUAGCCGCCGCCUCGCUGGCUGUCCGGCUGGGCACUGCGGAUCGCUGCUGCUGCCUCUGGUCCCGUCGUCACUGGCGUCGCGCCGUCGAAGAGGGAGAGGAAGCAUCGCCUCCCUCUCUCCCUACACCCACAGCUCCGCUCCGCCGCACCGCUGGCCCUCCGUCGAGCUGCGGUUCCGCUUGCUGCGAUCCCAGCCGGCGUCGCCUGGGUGCGCCGCCAAGGCAGCCACCAUCCACCAAUCGGCCCUAAAGGUGUGCCUGAUUCUGCAGAACGUUGGGAGGGAAUUUGCAGAAGCCCUUGCUUCUUUUUGGCAAGGAGCUGGGGAAAAAGCUGGCCGUAGGUUAGCUCGUUUCGAACAAAAGGCUGAGCUAAGGGUUUGGGCCUAAGGAGAAAGCCCACAAGUGCAAGCUACAUAGCACAUGAUCCCUUAAGUUCUUGGCCCAUACUUGUGUGUUCUUUGUAAUAGCAUUCAAGAUUCUUUUUAUAUAAACUCAUAGACCCACACGUAAUUAUGUAAGUUAACGCGUGGUUUUGGGGUAUAGUCGAACAUUUUAGUUCGGGAAUAAAUUCUUUAUAUUUUCCUCGA